UUUCAAAUCAAUUCUCUUUAAAUAAAUCAACCAGUAUUAUGAAUAAACAAAAUGACAAUGGUAACAAGAAAAACAAUCCAAAUAUUCGAAAUAAAAUUCAAUCUAACCUUGUGAAUCACACAAGCUCCUCGAUCAGCAGUGGUAAUACCGUUUACAAAUACAAGAAGAAUGUUAUUCAUCCUACUACAACAAUGAAAAAUAUGCAUAAAACUACAAAUAAUCCGUAUAAUAAAAAUACUGCUAAAAAUUCCACUAAACGUGUUAUCAAACAACAGCAACAACAUCAUCGUAUUGCAAUGACAGAACCACCGUCUGUACAAGGUCAUUCUUUAGCCAGUAGUCGUUCAGUAUCUGCUGCAAGUUCAAUAUCUAAUUUGAAGUCGGUUAACACAUUGAAUAAUGAAUCUAAUAUUCAACCUCCACGUAGUAGUAAUAUUCCCAAAGCUACUAGUAUUCAACAAAUAUCUGUGGAGUCGGUCUAUGCAGCUCUUGUUAAACAGGAUAAGUCAUUGAUGAAUCAACACUCAUCAAAUCGCACAACUAAUACAACAAAAAACAAUAAUACUCAUAAACUUGCCAGUAAAACUCCAAAUACUGGGUUAUAUGCAAAAAAUACAUCUAAUCAUCGGUCAUUGAAUACAGCUGGUCGUUCGAAUCAUCCUUCUGAACGUCUUACCUCAGUUGAAGAAGGAAUACCAUUAACAACAAAAUUGCAACAGUCUAAACAUAAUUAUUCACUUCAUGACUCUAAUGAUUGCAUACCUAAUGCUUUGUCCUGUGGAAAUUCCACUGUUGCUUCAAACACUAAAACACCUGAUGGUACACUGUCAGCAACAACGGAAUUAUUUGGAUCUGGUACAAUUUCAAAAAAUGACAAUAACACACAAGCAUCAGAUGUUCCUAAACCUAUUCGUGGUGGACGAAAAUCUUUAAUAGGCCGAAAAAUCAGUCCAUCAACUGUGAAUAUGAUGAAUAUGUCGAAUAAUGGAAUACCUGUUGCUGUGAAACCAAUAUCAGCUGUUAAACCAACACCACAUUCUCUGUUGAAUAAUAAUAAUAAUAAUAAUGACAAUAAAUUUAAAAAAUCAGCCACUGAAUCCUCAGUUGAAUCGGAUAUUAUUAAUAAUGAUGAAGUGAAAUCAUCAAAACACAAUAAUGGUUAUACAAAGUGUGAAUAUGAACAAAAUUACCGUAAUUACGAUAAACCUAUUCCAGGUAAUAAUGAUGAUAUUAAUGAAAAAUUGGCGAAUACACCUCCUGGAAUGUGGAUCGUUCGUGAAGAUCUAGACGUAGUUAUUGGUGAUUUUCACUAGAAGGUUUGUUCUAAAAAAUAAACAAAAAAUCAACCUCACAAUUAUUACUCUUUUAUCAAUUAUUCUCAAUAGUAAAAUACUCUAUACACACCGGUUACUACACAUUGUUUCUCUACUUUUCUGAUUUUAAAUUUAUGCUUUUAUAUACUACUUUAUUGUAUUUUAGUAGUUUAAAAUAUUUGACUGCAUUUUUCACUCAUCAGAUUAAUGCUAAUAUUGCAAGAGUAGUUGAAAUAAUAUUUUAUUCUUUAUCUACUAUACUAUGGACUAUUUAUUAUUUUGAAUUACUAUCAUCACUAUUAAUUUCUCUUUCAAAGUUAUCUAACAUCCACUUGCUUAAUGCAAAUUAAAACAAACAAAAAUUCCAAUUUAUCUAUUUAUCAUUUCUAAACAAGCAGGGUAUAUUUCUGCAGUUCCAUCCAAGAGGAAUCUAUACGUAAACGAGAACUCCUAUAACCGUUUAAAUACGCCUGUGUUUAUGUAUUACAAGCUUCUUAAAUUAGUUUUUUUUUCCUUCAGCUCCUUUACUCUCCAAUAUUUAUGCUACUUGUAAGUAGUAUAUAUAUAUAUAUAUAUAUACAUACAACGUAUUGAUGAAUCCAUUAUCGUUUUGUACAGAACCUCAAAAUUGUCUUGCACAUUCAUGUGCUUUUGUUUGUAGGUAGUCAAUUUUGUUUGGUACUAUCAUGUUACAAAUAACAAAUUAAUUAAACCAAACCAGUAGGGAAUCAUACAUAUUUGCUUCAAUUGAAAUUAUAGCAUUUAUGUUAACUUUUAACCUUAAAUUUUCUAUCCUUCUUCAUUAUAUUAUUCGCUUAUGUUUAUUGUUGAUCCAACUCUUUUCUUUACGUGUCUAAUGUAAUCAUGUUAAAGUCUGGGAUGUGUUUCAUAAUGUGGAAAUGGUUGGAUGGGUUCUCUUAUCUCUAUUAUAUUUGAACACGUUUUCAACCUUUAUUAUUGUUGUCGUCGCAUACUGGUUGUUCUUGUGCUUUUUGCUGAUGUUCCACUCUAAUAUAUUUCAUUUUUAUUCAUAUAUUCUCUCUAACAAAAUAUGUCUUGGCAUUUCAUUUUGUAUAAUGCAAACUAUUUAAUAG